AUGGGCGCGCUGAUAUCAACCGUCCGGGCAGCUCCCGCCAACAACCUGCAGCGCGCAGACGGCUCUCUUUCUUUGGUCGACGGCGAGACCAAGUUUACUUUUGAUUAUGCCACGUCCGCGGCAGACAGCAAGAACUGGAUCGGCAUUUACCAUGCCUCGGGCGGGGGGCCUGAGGACGAGGUCAUGGUCAGCCCCUCUCUGAAAUGGGGUUAUGCGCCAGAAUCCAAGGGCCGCGUCACCGUCGACGCCUCUGGUCUUGAUGCUGGCAAGUACAAGGCCUUCUUCCUCGAAAAGGACGGCUACAAGUGGCUCGCCAAUCCUAUUGAGAUAACCAUUGCCGGAACCAGCAAGGCCAGCUUCCUCACUGACACGUACACCACCCACAACGCCCGCGAGGGCGACAAGUUCGAGGCCAAGCUCGGGGGUCUGCUGUCUCCAGAGAGUGUUGACAGCAAGUUCGCCAAAGCUUCCGGUCCCGGUUGGGUCAAGGUCUCUGACACUGGUGUCGUCUCUGGCGAACCCGACAGCGACAAAGCAGCCGAGGUCACUAUCGAGGCUUCUGGGAGCGAUGGUUCCAAAGCGAAGCUCCAGAUCACCAUCCCCGUCCGAAAGGCUGGAACCCCUCUUGUGGAGGAGCUCAGCGUGCUCAGCUACAACCUGUGGCACGGCGGCACCCAGGUGAAUGACUACCACCGCAAGCAGAUCCGGUACUUUGCCAGCACCAAUCCCGACAUCAUUACCUUGCAGGAGGUCAGUGGUGGACAUGCCGUCCGAUUAGCUGAGGCACUGGGCUGGAACGUCUACCAGAGCGAUGCCGCUGGAAUCAUCACCCGCUACCCAAUCGCCGAGGUCUACGAUGACUUUUCCCGCUCCAGCUCCGUCCGGGUCCUCCUCGAUGGGGAGAAGAGCCAGGUUAUUGUUCGAACCGCCCACCUGGGCUUCGAUCCCUAUGGCCCUUACGACUUCUGCUUUGACCACAUGACCGUCGACCAGGUCCUGAAGCGCGAGGCGCAGUCUGGUCGCACUCCCCAGAUUCUGGACAUCGUGUCCAAGAUCAAGAGCCAGCUCGCCAACUCCGACAAGGUCCCCGUCAUCCUGAGCGGCGACUUCAACGCGCCAUCCCACCUUGACUACACCGAGGCUGCCUCUGGUCUGCACUGCGGCGUCAAGGACGUUCCUUGGCCCACCUCGGUUGAGCCCACCAACGCCGGUCUCGUCGAUUCGUACCGAGAGAUCCACAAGGAUCCCGCCGCCGACCCGGCCAUCACCUGGUCCCCCAUCUUCCUCGACAACAACGGCCGUCCCGAGCCCCUGGACCGCAUCGACUUCAUCUACCACAAGGGUCUCAAGACGCUCAAGUCCUUCAUCGAGGUGGUCGGCAAACCGAAGCCCCAGCCCAACCACGCCAACAACGAGUGGACUUCUGACCACAAGAGCGUCAAGACCAUCUUUCGGGUCCCCUCAGGCUCGCGUGGGGAUGAGAUCUAA